CUAAGUCUACUUCAGCCUAAUCCCAAAGUAAAUCGUUUCAAUGCCGUGCCGGCGCUAACCGUCUCCCAAUGCAUUUAAAACUCGCAUAGUCGCAUUCUAAUCCAAUUCAAUAAAUCAUCAUCCUUCCAUUUUUACUAUAAUAAUGAUAAUGAUUCUUCAAUUCUUUUCAACACCCUAAAUCCACAGAUUUCGCCUUUUCUUCUUCGUUUAGCCUGCUGCCUUAGUGCCUUGUACAAUGUUUUUGCUCAUUUUCUUAAUCAUUGUUUCGUGUUUCAUUUUACGUUUUGUAUCAAAUUCUUCUGUUAAGAAAUGGGGUCGUGUUCUGGAGGAGAAAUGCUACUUGUAUCAAUUCUAUAGGGUACCGCAGUUCAACCAAAACAUGCAGGUGAAUCAACUGUACAGGGUUGUCUCAACUUAUCUGAAUUCCUUGCCGGGCGUUGAAGAUUCCGAUUUCACCGCCCUUUUCUCCGGCGGCAAGCCCAAUGAUAUCAGCAUUGUUCUCGAUUCCAACCAGAUUGUGGUUGACAAAUUUCUCAGCUCCAGAGUCUGCUGGAUCAACGACGAAAAUGAGAAAACCGGCUUGAAAUCUCUGGUUUUGAAGAUUCGGAGGGAUGAUAAGCGUCGGAUUCUCCGUCCUUACCUUCAGCAUAUCAACUCUGUGUUUUAUGAAAUUGAGCAGACGAGGAAGGAUUUAAGACUGUACGUGAACGCGGGGAGGGAGCCGGAGAGGAAUGGAAGGUGGAUGUCAGUGCCGUUCACGCAUCCGGCGACGAUUGAUACGGUGGUGAUGGAUUCGGAUCUGAAGAACAGGGUGAAGUCCGAUUUGGAAGGGUUUCUCAAGUCGAAACAGUAUUAUCACCGGCUAGGCCGGGUCUGGAAACGGAGUUACCUGCUUUACGGUCCCUCCGGCACCGGAAAAUCGACAUUCGUCGCGGCAAUGGGGAAGUUUCUCGGCUAUGACGUUUACGAUAUCGAUCUAGCUAAAGUCUCCGAUGAUUCUGAUCUGAAGAUGCUGCUGUUGCAAACCACGACCAAGUCACUGAUCGUGAUCGAAGAUCUGGACCGUUGUUUGCUGGAAAAAUCAACGGCGGUAACAUUUUCCGGUAUCCUCAACUUCAUCGACGGGAUAUUCUCCUGCUGCGGCGAGGAACGUGUAAUGGUUUUCACGAUGACCGGCAAGGAUGAAAUUGAUCCGACGGUUAUCCGGCCGGGAAGAGUAGAUUUCCACAUACACUUCCCGCUAUGCGAUUUCACUGCAUUUAAAACCCUAGCCAGCAGCCAUUUGGGGUUAAAAGAUCACAAGCUUUUCCCUCACGUAGAAGAAGUUUUCCAAACCGGAGCGAGUUUGAGUCCGGGCGAGAUUUCUGAAAUCAUGAUAUCGAACCGGACCUCCCCGAGCCGCGCACUGAAAACUGUUAUAUCAGCCUUGCAGACCCACGCUGAGGCGAGAGCCGCCGCCACCAGAAAUGCAAGACGGUUGAGUGACAGUGAACCGGUUCGAACCGUGGAGGAGGCGGGCAUCUUUUGCAAGGAAAAUUUGAAAGAGAUUCGAAAACUGUAUGGACUCCUGAGAAUAAAGAGCUCAAAAAAAGAGUCCUUUGAUUCAUCAGAGAAGGACAAUUCUUUACAAUUAUGAUGACAAUAUUGCA